AUGGAGCACAUGCGCUUCGCAGUAACCGUCGACCCCAUUCCUCACGCCUCAACUCCUACACCACCCACCGACCCUACAAAACAACAAUCCCCUCCCCCCGAAAACGACGCAUACGGCGUCCCCGCGUCCAUCGCCCCCAUCCGCGCCCCUUCCUCCCGCUCCCACGACCCCGCCAAUAACCAAAAGCGCACCGACCCCUUCUCCUUCGGCUCGCGCUAUCUCGAAGAAGGCGACAACAUCUUCGAAUUCAACGCGUGGGACCACGUCACCGUCGACUCGACGUACCAAGCCUUCUCGGAGGAGCAAUUCAGCAAGCAGCGCGCAGACCCAGUAUCAGAUUUCGACCGCACGCGGUUCAACGCGCAACCCGAGAAAUGGUGGAACGUAUUCUACAAGAACAACAAGAGCAAUUUCUUCAAGAACCGCAAGUGGCUGGCGCAGGAGUUCCCGAUUUUGGGCGAAGUGGGCAAGGAAGAUGCGCCGCCAGCGGUGUUGUUGGAAGUCGGCGCGGGGGCAGGAAAUAGCGCGUUCCCAAUCUUGCAGAACAGCAGCAAUAAAAACCUCAAAAUCCACGCGUGCGACUUCUCGAAGAAGGCCGUCGAGUUGAUACGCGAAAAUGAACUGUACGAUCCGCGGUACAUACAGGCAGAUGUCUGGGACGUCGCCUCCUCGCCCGACUCCGACAACGCCGGCCUCCCGCCCGGCCUCAGCGAGAAUAGCGUCGACGUCGUGCUCAUGAUCUUCAUCUUCUCGGCGCUCAACCCGAAGCAGUGGGACCCAGGCGGUGCGCAAUAUCUGGCGGACGGUGGCAUGGAGGAGAAUUUCUAUGUGAGGGGGGAUGGCACGCGGGUUUAUUUCUUUGAGCAAGAGGAGUUGGAGGGGAUUUGGGGUGGGGGAAAGGGGGGUGAGGGGGAUGCGUUGGUGGGGAAGACGGAGGGGUUGGAGAUUGGUGAUGAGAAGGGAGCGGUGUCUAGCUCGCAAGGACCGCGACCGGCGUUCGAGGUCGCGCAUAUUGGUGUUGAUAGACGGAUGUUGGUGAAUAGGCAGAGGAGGCUGAAGAUGUACCGGUGCUGGAUGCAGGCCGUUUUCCGCAAGCCGGGGCAGGACAGCCAGGUCGCGACGAGUACACUGCGGCAGGAGAAGCAGGGAGAAGGUGAGGGCGACGCUGCUGAAGACGAGGCGUGA